AUGAAUGGCAAAGAACUACCUGCAGCGGCUCCUUUGCCAGAGCCCUAUAGCAUCUUCGACAAACGCCAAACUGCCUUGAUCGUGACAAUCGUCUCCAUCGCAGCAACAUUCUCGGGUUUCGCAUCAAACAUUUAUUUCCCCGCCCUCCCAACCAUCGCCCACGACCUCGACGUCUCGAUCGAAUUGAUCAAUCUCACAGUGACUUCAUACCUUGUCUUCCAAGGGCUUGCUCCCAGUCUCUGGGGCCCAAUAUCAGAUGUCAAGGGCCGUCGAGUUGCAUACUCACUCACUUUCAUUGUCUUCCUGGGAGCAUGUAUUGGCCUGGCAGAAGCCAAGAACUACGCGACUAUGGUUGUCCUGCGAUGUGUUCAGAGUACUGGUAGUGCUAGCACAAUCGCUAUAGGAUCAGGAGUUAUCGGAGAUAUAACGACAAGAGAUAAUCGUGGGGGGAUUAUGGGUAUAUUCCAGGCAGGGCUGCUGGUGCCCGUGGCAGUUGGCCCGAUUAUCGGAGGUGCGCUGGCUGGAUCUCUUGGUUGGAGAUCUAUUUUUUGGUUCUUGACCAUCUACAGCGGUGUUUUCCUGGUUCUCUUGGUUCUUCUCUUGCCUGAGACAUUGAGGUCUAUCGUUGGUAAUGGGAGCCGAGACCCUACACAUGCCGUGGCCAAAUACCCUCUAUGCGUUUAUCAGAAGACGACCAAAGUCCAAUGGAAUCACGGCACAGUCUCUACGCUACCUACAGCAAAGAAGCGCAUCGAUAUCACAGGACCGUUCCGCAUCCUCAUCAGCAAGCAAGCCGCUCCCAUCAUCGUGUUCCUAGCAAUCUAUUAUGCCGUUUGGCAGAUGAGCAUCACGGCUAUGUCAAGUCUUUUCCAAGAUAAAUACGGUCUCACGGAAACUCAGAUCGGCCUGACUUUCAUCGCGAACGGCGUUGGUUCAAUGGUUGGCACGCUUAUAACCGGAAAGAUACUGAACAUCGACUACCGCCGUUUCAAAGCUCGGCAUGAUGCUCGCAUUGCGAGCAGUAAUGCAGGAGAUGAUGUUGAACCUGCCCGUACGCAAAAGGCCCAGGAAAACGAUUUCCCGCUUGAGACAGCACGUCUCCGUCUCGUUCCUCUAUUUUCCCUCCUUCAAUGCGCGUCCAUCUUGCUCUUCGGGUGGACCAUACAAUAUCCCCAACAGGUUCACAUCGCCGUUCCAAUUGUAUCAACCUUCAUCACGGGUUGGUCUGCUGUUUCCAUGCAAUCCGUCAUCAUGACAUACCUCGUCGAUGUCUUCCAUGACUGCAGCGCCGCUGCCAGCGCAAGCCUCAACCUCGCAAGAUGCUUAUUCGCCGCGGGAGGCACAAGUUUUGUUAUGCCAAUGAUCAGCUCUAUUGGCGUCGGGCUCGCGUUUACGGUCUGUGUUGCGGUGCAGGGUGUUGCAGUGGUGUGCUUGGCUGUUCAGUGGAAGUUUGGCGCAAAAUGGAGACUAGCAGCCCAAGAGGCCUGA